UAAAGAGCAAGCUGGAGCUCUUGUAAUAAACUGUUGCAGAGCAGCAAGAUCUCACAGCGCUUCUUCACAGAAAACAGAAAGCAAACUUUUGAAUUUACUUUCUUUACCCAGUAACAGCCAUUACAAAUGUUUAAAGAGAUGGGAAGAACAAGCCAGGCUGUGCUAGUAAUUCUGUGUGUGUUAAGGACUGUUAAAGCUUUUGAAAUGGAAAUUAUACCUGCUGAAAGAAUUGUGGCACAGAUUGGAAGCACACUCAUGCUCACAUGCAAUACUACUGGCUGUGCAUCACCAAGUUUUUCCUGGAGAACACAGAUGGACAGCCCCCUUGGAGGAAAAGUCAGGAACCACAGGACAUAUUCUACAUUGACUAUGAAUCCAGUUAGCAUUGUGAAUUCUCAUUCUUAUCUUUGUACUGUCAUAUGUGAUGACAGAGAGAAAAAGGAGAAGAGUGUCAAAGUAGAACUUUACUCUUUCCCCAGUGAUCCUAUCAUUGAGAUCAGCCCAUCCUUAGUUGCUGGAGAACCAGCCACUGUCAUCUGUAAAAUUCCUGAUGUGUAUCCUUCUGAUCACCUGGAAGUUUUCCUAAAGAAAGAUGAACAUGUUCUUCAUGAGAAAUAUUUUUUGGAAGAUGACAGCACAAAUACAGAGACAAAAACUGUGACAUAUACAUUUCAUCCCAUGGCUGAAGAUGCUGGGAAAGAGAUCACCUGUGUGGCCAGGCUACCAAUUGAUGAUAUGGAUUUUGAGCCCAAAGAAAGAACAUCUUCUCAGAAACUUAAUGCAAAUUUUGGUCCACAAAAUACUGUCAUUACUGCAUCUCCAGGCAACUCAGCAAUGGAAGGAGAAUCUCUGAACCUCACUUGUGUGACUCAGAGUAACCCACCAGCACAAAUAGUUUGGAGUAAAUAUUUGGCUGAAGAAAGCAUUCAGCAUCUGAUAAAAAACAAUGUUCUUUCUAUUCCCCAUGUCCAUUUCAAUGAUUCAGGACUGUACAUCUGUGAAGUAAUUAAUCUGGUAACUAAUAAAACAGAGAAAGCAACUGUGGACAUUAUUAUACAAGGUGCUCCAGUCAUUACAAAACUCUCCAUUGAACCUUCUACAACAGUUCAGGAAGGAGAAAAUGUUUCCAUACAAUGUUCCGCUGAAAGUAACCCUCCUCCCAAGAUUAUUUUAAGGAGAAAAUCUGACAAUGCAGACAUAGAGUCUUACAGUGCCAGGAGUAUUCUUCAUCUUCCAUCUGUGAUGUUCCAAAAUGGAGGAGACUAUGAAUGUGUAGCAGAAAAUAAGUUUGGGAACAGUAAAAGUGAAAUCACACUUAAUGUGAAAUAUGGACCAAAGAAUACAAUGAUCACUGUUUUCCCUACUGCUGCUCUUAAAGAAGGAGAAACUGUGACAAUGAAAUGUACUAGUUCUGGUAAUCCAGCUCCUGUGAUCUCCUGGAAGAAAAAGAAGGCCACCGGAGAGUCUGAGAAAAUUUCUAAAAAUGCAACUAUAACUAUAGAGAACUUGAAAAGUCAAGAUCUGGGGCUUUAUGAAUGUGAAGCUUAUAAUCAAUUUGGCAAGGAAGAAAAAGCUGUGAAAUUAUAUAUUCAAGCAAGAUUGGAAGAACCAGAUCAGAUGAUACCAUUGAUUAUUGCAUUCUCAUCUGUAGCAGCAGUAGCGGUACCUGCAGUUGCAAUUUUGAUCUAUGUGUCAAGACAAGCAAAGAUCAAUGGAUCCUACAGUCUUGUAAAAGCACUCAGGUUGAAAGUGUGAUCAUGUGAAUACAAGUCUUUAGUUGAUAAUAAGCACAUUUAUUUAUUGCUGUGACUGGUUCUACUCUUCAGUAACAUAUGGUAACAAACAAGUGACUUAAGAACAGCACAACGUGAUAGCAAAUGGGCUUAUUUUCAUGUUUUGAUAAGUGUUUUGGUAUUUAAAUUAAAGGAAGAGCUAGAAUCCUGAACUAGAAAUUGGUAAAUCAUUUCUGUGUUGAAGCAUUCUGAACGAAGAGUUCUGUGGAGAACUAGGUUUGUACAUAGUGUAUAAUUUGUGUUAUGAAUAUGUUCAACUAAAUACCAGUUUGUAAAACUGAAGUCUAAUUGCAACUGUACAGAGAAAUUUUGUUAAUUCAAAUAUAUAAAUCAAUAUUGCUUGAGCUGAUCAGAUGAUUUUUAUUUUGUAUUAUUCUGCAGCAUGAAUGUUUUUUAAUAUAAUUUGUCUGGUUGUGGUAAUGUUUGGAAAACAUUCUCUUUUGACUGAUAUUGCCAUAAAUUCUGUACCUUCAGUGAAGUUACACAAUCACUGGGCUAUGCAUUUCUAACAAAUUUAAACUAAUUUAAACCUUUCAGGCUCAUUUGUAAAACAUUUUAUUUUAAAUAUUAUUCAAAAAAUGUCUGGGGUUAUAAUCUAGUAAGUUCUAGGAAUGCUAACGUAUUCUUGCUGGCUUCAAUCAUUCUCAGAUCCAUGUCAGAAUUCCGUUAUUUUGUGAUGAGCCAAAUCAGACCUUUCUUGUAAAAUAUAAACAGAUUGUAAAAAUGCUUUACAGAUAUCCACUGCAAAAUAAAACUAUGAGUAGAUUUCUUUGACUAAA